ACGACACUUUGACCCAAAUAAAAUACGGAAUCUUUACACUCCUCACUGAAGCCGAACAGGAUCUCAAAAUGAAUUGAAUGCAUUUAUUGUCUAACGAAUCCAGCAGAAACACCCCUAUUUACACAGUCGACCGGCAGACGUACAGCGUAUAUAGUAGUAAGUGUACGGAUGUAUAUUUAGACAGUGUGUAUCAACGAUCGAUAUUAUCGAGUGUCACGUAUUCACGUAUUCGAAUCUUCCCUCAACGAUGAAACAUCUAAGUGCGAAAGAGAGGAAGGUGUACACGGACGUUUUCAAAGAUGUUGAUGUUAAUGGCGAUGGGUGCAUAUGCAAAUCGGAGAUCGGAGAAUUGUGUGUGAAGCUGGGAUUUGUUUUCGACGAUUCCCAGGUCGAGCAACUAUUUACCGAGCUGGACAAAGACAACAGCGGCACAGUGACAUUAGACGAGUUCCUGUCUGUCAUGCAGCCAAUAAAGAAAGAGAAAAAACGAUGUGCCACAAUCAGGCGAAUGUUCAGGAAGGCGGACGUCAACAAAGAUGGCGUCCUUACAGCAGACGAACUCCAUCUUGCUUUGUCAUCUGCUGCUGGUGAGGGUGUGGAGCCGCUACCAAUGAGUGAAGUGGAACGCCUCAUCAGCGCAAUAGACGUUAAUGGUGACGGAAAACUUAACUAUGAAGAGUUUCUACUGCUGAUCAAGCCUGUUGCAGAAUCAUGACACAGACAACGCCAACUGGAUGUUAAGAGUUGACCUGUAAUUAUUAUAUAAACCUAUUUUUUGUA